GACAGAUUCCCCGCAACUACCUGCCAUUUUAUCACCAGCACCAAAUAAUUCUCAACCUCAAACACACAUUUUAUGAAGAAAAUCAAAUUUAUUUAUAUUCAAAUACAUAUGUAGUUACAGGACAAAAAAAGAAACAGGGAAUGAUAGCGAAGAGGGAAUAUCACAACAUGAAUGACAGAGCGGCCACAAGGGAGGGACUAAGGCCAGCGAGGAACCACGAGAAAUGGCCAAUGAGGAACCACGAGAAAAGGCCAGCAAGGAACCACGAAGAAAGGCCAGGGAAAGACCACCACGAACGGCCAGGGAGGAACCACGAGGAAAGGCCAGGGAGGGACCACCACGAACGGCCAGGGAGGAACCACAAGGAAAACCAGGGAGGGACCACCAUGAACAGGAGGAACUCGAGAGGUGGUGGUAGUAGCGGUGAAACAAGAUUGAAAGGAACUUAGCGUGAAAAUUUCCGUCCUGCACAAACAAGGACAAACCAAUUUCAACCACUUGCGCUGGUCACAUGAUUUGAGGUUA